AUGGAAAACCCUGGACACAAGAACUUAUCGGAUACCCGGAAGACUGGAUGGAAGCCUUGCAAAGUCUACAAGAGAGCAUCACCUAAGUAUGCGAGGCGAUGGCUGAAGGCAAAAGGUAACAUAGUGAACGACCAGGUUGCCCAGACUGGCCCGCUGGAGAUCUGGAGGUCUGCGAAGACAAUAGAAGCGAUGUUCACCAGACGCAAGCACGCGAUGGGGUGGACUAUAGCUUCCCACGGGCAAUCGGGCUUGGAAGAUUUACGGCUCGAGUUGGCCUGCACUGCCUACCCUGGGAGAUGGCCUCAGAAGCGGUCGUUGGAGAAGUGCAUCGUUUUCAUCAAUGGGGCCGAGAACGCCAUGAUGAGUGACACUUCGGACGAGACUGCGUGGUCAGAGAUAGAGCGUAGGGCCAUGAAUGAGUCGGACCUUUCCAGCGCAUACCUGAUCAACAACAGGCAUAAUAUUUUCACGUCACCCGAGCACCUCAUCAAGAGGCUAGCGUUCGAUGGGCACGGGCCUCAGGCUAUCGUCGACUUGGUGCUGCUGAUGUUCCCCAGCGUGGUACCGUAUGGGAAAUGCUCGGUGUUCCCCGCUGGCAUACGCCCCGCUGGCAUUCCAGUUAUCACGAGGGUUGAGGAGUGGGACAUCAUGGACUUGCUGAGGCCCCUGAGCGCAACGGUCACUUACGCAGCCUUGCAGGACGGUGGGGUCGCGAAGGAGAAAGACGCAGCUAUUGCCGAGAAGGCCGGCCAGAAGGUCAACGAGGUUAUCGUGAAGGCAAAAACUACGCGGGUUAAGGCGACCAUCGCGAAGGGCAAGGGCAAGGGGAAACGCACGCGUCCAACGGCUGGUCUUUCGAGCCAGGCGCUCGCCCCAUUGGCGCUGGACACCGAUAGAGUUGAGAUGUUGCCAGAUGACGCAGCGGACAUGAGCAUAUUGGCGCAACUGGAGGCGACGAAGCAGUAUUUCAUCAAGAAGGACCCCCGCCAGAAGGAGCUUGCGUCGGCGUUCAGGCUUGCAGCCUUCGCGGGCCUCUGCAACGGCGGCAAGGGCGUCGAGCGGAAGGCCAAGGGCAGUGUCAAAAUGGUUAAGCAGCUUAGCAAGCUGCGCAGCACGAUGAAGGCCGAGCUCUACAGAUGCGCUAAGCUGUUUCCUCGCCUGUCGGACCCCGACUACGCGGCGCUGCAGAACGGGGACGAGGACGACGCAACGGAUGUGCAUGCCAGCGUGGACCAGGGCAAGACGAUGGAGCAGCGGGUCAUGGAGCUCAUGAAGGAGAGCAAGUGUGACAUCGAACGUUUCAUCUACACCAUUGAGUCGAACAGUCCUGAGUUACCUAUCAAUGGGCAUGUCUGCGCAGCUUCCGCGCUGAACACUACGAUGGUGUCCGCGAUGCAGACUUUAAGCCAGAAGAGCCCCCUCGAAGAGAUCAAGGACGCCUACGACUGCCUGCUGGAGGUCUCGCUGCAGAAGGUGCUGGAAGUUUAUCUUGUGGAGUGGGAUGUAUAUGCUAAGUGCGCAGAGGUGCUGUUCGACUUGGGCGUCAACCCCACGAUGAUGUACAAUCUCAGGCGGCAGCUGCACGUGUAUGUGGUAUCCAAUCUGGGAACUCAGAUGGCGAUUGCCACGAAGCAUGGCAAGGCCUCUACAAUGAGUUACGUGCCCGCACUUGUGCAAGAUGCUGUCUCCGCGGGGUUCCUGGCGAAGCAGACUGAGUUCAAAACGUUCUUGGAGAAAGCGACCGUUGCAAACAUCUGGAGGCGCAUCAAGGACGAAGGCCUCGUCGUGAAGCAGGCCGACUUGCCUAACAGCGUCGGCCUUUUCGUGAGCGAGCGGGCCAAGGCUGUAUCCCACAUAUUGUCCAAGAGCGGCGAGAAGCACGCUGAGGCUCGCAAGCGGCUUGACACAAUGAAGCACCCUCGCCACCUCGCCGACGCCGCCGCGCUGCGUGGCUUCAAGCCGGCGGCAGAGCAGCAGACGCAGGCAGUUGCCCCCGUUACCUUCGUAGAAUGGCACAAGAAAGCAAUCGCCGACGAGAUCGGCCUCUACGCGAUGUCGGUGGUGGACGUCCGCGCAGCGAUCGCGGCCGUGCAAGCGCAGUUCGACGACUUGAACAAGAAGGGCUACCCAGAGUUAUCCACGCUUGGCAUGAUGAUCGAUGCGAAGUACCCCGAGAAGAACAAGGGCAAUGGCGACAAAGGUGCAGGAAAGACGUCCAAACCAAAGUAUAAGGUGUUCCCUGGGGUUGUCAGCGCUGGAGCCAAGAAAGCCAAGACCGACAUGGGCAAGAGCCUUACAUAUGCACCGUUUUGGGGAACCGUGGUGACACGAACCGUUGCUGAGACCAUCCCUGUGGGGCAGUGCGUCGGCAUGGGCAGCAGUGACGGUGUUGGCUUGGUGCAUAAGUACGUGCGCGAGGUGGUGCACAAGGACGUGGAGAUCGAUGUCCCUGGUACACGUACUCCACCCCCCUACCUGCGCGUGCCCGUCAUGGACACCGUGGACGCCAAGAUCUCCAGGGAUCCCGCCCUGGUGGAUUCGGAGGAGAGGCCUUUCCUCGAGCUCAUGUGCGGCUCCGCCCGUCUGGCCAACGCCGUCGCCGCCGCUGGGUGGGCUGCGCAGGGUUGGGACGUUCAGGGCGGCGACGCCGCCGAUCUCCGUCAGCCGAGCGUCAUUGCCCGCCUAGAGCGCAUGAUUUUAGACCGCGCUGUGGCUCCCGUGUCCGUGGAUGAGGUGAGCCAGCGUUGCGAGCAGCUCUCCGUCGAGAUGCGCGCGAAGAUGGACAAGCUCCGCGUCGAUAUCAUCGCGGAGAUGCGGGGGGAGAUGCUGCGGGCGCUUCGGGAGGACGUCGCCUUCUUCCAGCAGAGCCAUCUCGCGGAGGUCCGCGAGGCCGUGGCCAUGGCCGGCUCGCCGGCGCGGGACGCGGUGGCGGCGAGCGAGGGGCCGCGCCGCGAGAACGCCCCGCCGCUGGACGCGCUCUGCGAGACCGCGAAGAUGCCCCAGUCGCCUGCCAUCCCGCCCUGCUUCUCCUCGACGCUGUCCACGCCGCGCUGCGUCGGGGCCCCCAUCGUCCUUGAGGACGGACGGCGCGGGGCUGGCGCCUGCCGCCAGCGGUGCAGCGGCCGCAUCGGCGACCUGCGCAGCGCCGGGGACCUGAACAACAUGCGGCUGCAGCACUCCAAGUCGCUGCAGCCCACGGGGAUUUCCAGCCGUCAGGGCCCGUGGCGGGAGGACUCGCUGCGCUCGAUGUCAUCUGCGCGCUCCGCCGGCAGCCUGACCAGCGGCCUCUCGCAGGUGCCCGGCGCCUUCGCCUUCGGCUGCCUUUCGGAUUGGGGCCCUUCUGCCCGGCUGUUCGCGCAGCCCUCGCCGCCGCCUUCGGCGAGAAUCAACCACAACGGCUGCGCGCUGCUGCCCGCAGAAGGCCCCUGCGGCGCCCAGUCCCCAGGCGCCCUCCUGCAGCCCCAGGAUCCCGCGCGGGCGCCGCAGCCCCAGGCGCUGCAAGGCCCCAGCUCGCAGCUGGUCAUUAAGUUAGGCGUAUGCCGUCGCCUGGGAGAGGUGGAUCGGAAGUCCGAGAAGGUAGGUACUCCUGUCCGCGACGUGCUCACCAUGAACCCGUGGGAGAAGAUGAAGUUCGCCCGCACGGGACAAGGACCCCACUCGCCACUGCUUGGCGAGGGAGCCGAACGAGAGCAUGCAGAGGCGACCUACUACCGCAUGGAUGAGGACGAGGAGAAGGAGGAGGACAAGGAAGACUACAUAUCCGCGCAGGAGCCGGUGACCAUGGCAGCCAUGGAGACACUCCUCCAACAGCAGCUCACGCCAGUCACUUCGGCCGUGUCGCAGCUGCAGAAGAAGUGUGCCAAGAUGGACACCAACAUCACAGACCUGAGCACCGCGCUGUUCGAGCGCCUGGAGUCCCUGGAGAAACGCAUCACCGUAACCGACGUGAGGGUGGAGAAGCUCGAGUCGAUGUACGAAGACCUGCAGAAACACCAGGGCAUGGACGACGACCGCUUCGAGAGUAAGAUCCGUGAGUGCAUUCAGAAGCGGGCCUUGACGGCGGUCAUGGGGAACAUUGACGGGCUCACUAACUUGGAGGACGCGAUGACCUGGACCAAGGACAAGCUGCAGACCUUGGGCUGCUGGGGGCAGGCCGCGGAGCCAGCUGGCUGGCUCGGCGUCCGCCUGCGCCAUUCGGCGGCGAGCGAGAAGGAGAAGGAAUACAGGCAGAAGCUGGCCACCAAUUCGGGUGGCAGUGGCAUGCAGCGUCCUCAGCGUGGUGACGCUCCUCGUGGGGCUCGCGGAGCUGACUUGGGCAUCGCCAAGCAGCUGCAGCAGCUCCAGAAGCAGAUAGAUCAGUUCACCAAGCAGUUUCGCCAACCUGCACCGACGGGGGGUGGCGGCCAGCGCCAGCAGCCCGACGCCGCGGCCAACGCCGACGGAGUCGCUGCCCCUGAAAGUCUGGAGGAUGAUGAGGCUAAGAAGUUGCUCGCUCGUACCAAGUCGCCGGAGGGCACACUGAGUUCAGUGCGCCACGACGACGACUUCCCCACGACAGUUAAUGAGACCCUCGAAAAGGAGCUCAAGGACACCAGGGCCCUGCUCAACAGCCAGAAGCCAAGCUUGGCCAGGCACACAGCUUUCGGGCACAAGCUCCAGCUCAUGGCGUCGCCAGUCUUCGGCAAGUACAAGCAGCUCCUGCAGGCGCAGAUGCAGGAGCUGCGGCGCACGCUGCUGGAGGCGCAGCUGUCGAAAGCAGACGCGGUCGCACAGUUCCUCGAGAACGGCGAGCUGGCGGCCAUGCUCCUGCCCGACAGGUGCCGGGUCGUCGGCGGGAGCGAAAAGCAGGAGCACGACACCCUGGGCCCGCAGUUCCGCGGCCCGCUGAGGAUUCAGGUAACCCUGAAGGAGGGCAGCGAGGCGGGUGUUCUGCCGAAGGAGUGGAUGCAGCUGCCGAUUGAGACCGUGCCGGCCGAGGCCUCCAUGAUGAGGCUCAAGGUCGUGGAGAUAACGGGCGGAAUCAUCUUCGAUGACGACGUCUGGCCGGGGACGAAGGUCUCCUACCUGAAAGACCGCCUGAGUGCCACAGAUGGCGACUGGGCGCUGGAGGACGGGAUACCCUGGGCAGUGAGUAAAGGGGCGCCCGCGGUGGGCAUCGCUGGGAUUUAG